UCAACAAAGCGAUCUGUAUAAUUAAUAUUCGUGUAACGAAACGCAACCUUCCAUGAUGGCAGAUGUUGUGUGAAUGUUUAUUUUUUUUAUAAAAUUAUCAAAUGCCUGUUCAAAUCUUGAGGAAAACCGUAAAUAGCUUAUCAAAACUCUGGUCAUGAAACUGUGAUAAUUAGAAACCUAUCGGUAGUGGAGCGCGAGCUAUUGAGUAUGUCAAAUGAUAGUGCGAGGACGCGGUAGUAAGAUGCCGUGUGAGAGUUGUGCAGUGCAGUUCAGCGUGUUCCGCCGCAAGCGGGCAUGUUCGGAGUGCGAGCGGUACUACUGCGCGGGCUGCCUGCGGCGCGGCGGCGGCGCUAUGUGCGCCCCUUGUCGGGCGCUCUCGACGCGCCCGCUGGCGCGACCAGCCAUAGCUCAUCUUAAAGUCCGGGACCUGCAGUGCUUCUUGCAGCGCCAGAACGUGUCCACCCGCGGUUGCGUCGAAAAAGAAGAGCUAGUAUCACUCUGCGUGUCGCACGUGAACAGCACGGCGUACAGACGGCGGGCGCCCCGCGCGGAGCCUUUCCCGUCCCUCAAGGGCAUCACCAGCAACAUCAAUAACUUCAUCAACUCCACUUUCGACCUGCGACCACCACCGAGACCACAGCAACAGAGGCCACAGCCUAACACCAAUGGAGGCGGGUGCUACAACGCGGCGCACGAGCACGCGCAGACCCCCACGCCCGCGCAGGCGCCGCUGCAUGAGCGCUUCACUCCCACACCAGGCGGUCAGGAGCGCAUCUCCGUACCAGUACCAUCGGCAACUACUCCUGGGGCAGCGGCAGAAUCCGCUCAUGUGGACACGGCAGACUGCCUCGAGGUUGAAGACUUAGAUGACUCAGGCUGGGAGUUUGUGCGUCGACCCGCCGAUCCUCUACCCAAUGAUUCGGAAGUGCUUCUGGCAUCCCCGGGCGCCUUCUCCGGCCCCGCCACUCCGCUCCGAGCCGCUUCAUCCCUCGAGCUGCGCUCCCCCUCCGCCGCCUCGCGCGACGCCGACAGCGCGUCGCUGCAGGACGAGCCGGUACAGCGGGGACAGAGACCACCCUCCCCACCGAGGGUAUCACCUCCAAGGAGAGCCCCGUCUCCUCCAAGGAGAGAUCAUUCGACACCGCAGACUCCGACACACUUGAUACCACCGAAGCAAGAUGGGAAUGAGUCCGACUCUAACUCAGGCGGGUCACAGCCAAUAACCCUCGACGACCUGAAGGAGCUAUCAUCGCUGGACGCGCUGACCGUCCGUCAGCUGAAAGAGCUGCUGGUGAGGAACCGCGUCGAGUUCCGUGGAUGUGUUGAACGACAAGAGUUAUUAGUACGCGCACAGCGGUUAUGGCAGGACCACACGAGAUAUAAAGACGAAUUAGAAGCCCUUCCCCUGGAAGAGUGCUGUAAGAUCUGCAUGGCGGCCCCGCUGGAGUGCGUGCUGCUGGAGUGCGGGCACAUCGCGGCGUGCACGCGGUGCGCCAAGCAGCUCGCCGAGUGCCCCAUCUGUCGCCAGUACGUCGUGCGCGCCGUGCGCUUCUUCCGCUCCUGAACGUGACGCGUGACGCGUGACGCGUGACGCGUGACGCGUGACGCGUGACGCGCACGGGACGUGUCGGACCUCACGGCCGGUAUGACACUCACUCGACGGGUCUCUAUUGUUUCCCAUAUAGUUUUAAGUCAUAAUGUAUUGUUUGUCCACAUAUAGUUUAGUUUUUCUCAGAAACGCGUAACUUUUCAGGAUUGCCAUAAAACAAACCUAACCUAACCUGACCUAUCUAUAGGAUAACCUGAGGAAAAUCCUGAAAAGUUAACUGUUUCAGAAUUAUGACUAGUGAUAAUAUGACAAUAAUGACAUUAUGACUCAAUAAUUAUGUCCAACAAAGGGACCCCUUCCUCGACACAAUCGGGACGUCGUGUCGUGAACAUCAUCCUUUAUUUCACGUCCGGAACGCCACCUUCGGAAUGUCAAUUCCGAUACAUCCCGUCCGGAAUGACACGCCCGCUACGGCACUUGCGCUACGUUAUGUCAUUUCCGCCACGUCACUUCCUGAAUGUCAUAUCCGGAACGUCACUUCCAGGUUGUCACAUCCAGGACGUCCCGUACCGAUUGUUACAUUCAUUACGUCACUUCCGGUAUGACACCUCCGGAUUGUCAUGGCCAGAAUGAUAAAAUCUGGCCGUUGCUCUUCAUCGUCACGUCGUGAUCUUUUUUUAUUCUGAGCUUUACUUUCUCAUUAUGAUAACACUUAUAUACCUGAACAUCAAUAAACGAUCAGUAGUCGUUUUCUAGGUUAUUGGGAAGGUUUGAUGCAAUACGCGCCUACCUAAAAUAUGAAUACUUAGACUUUGGAUUUUUGGGGAUAAAAAUAACAAAAGCGGUGUAAUAAAUGACAGCUUAAUAUGAUCGUUUAUACUCAUAUAUUAUGUUUCGUCUUAAAAACUUUUAAACCUGACAUGUAUUCAGAACAUCAUCUAUUUACGUUAUAAUUCUAGGGACAGAAAGGAAAGUCUUGCCAUUAGCUUUAUGUUUAAAAGCGUAGUAGCUUUGGUAUUAAAUAGUGAAAUGUGAUUAUAUAGAUCAGGGAUUUCUAAUUAAUUUUUAAUCCUAAGAUUUGUCUGAAUAUUUCGUAACCACUUGGGUCCCAGGGAACAUUUGCCAGACAAAACGACACUGAGGUUUUAAGUUCGUCCAAUUUCUUGGUCCAAUGUGUAUUUGCGUCUCACAUUUUACUUAAUGAGAGAGUGACACGCAAUGCACAUAUGAUAUCACAUCCGUGGGACACUAGGCUUUAAAUUGCUACUUACCCAGAUAGCAUUUACACGUCAUUAUGACGUCAGCGACGUCAUUAUGACUUCAUGUUGACGUGAUUAUUACGUCAUUAUGACUUCAUGUUGACGUGAUUAUUACGUCAUUAUGACGUCGCUGACGACACUGCUACCUGGGUAAUAUCCUGAGUGGCCGAAUGAAUAUGAAAUUAUAGUACUGAGCACUUAGACAUGCGCCAGAAUUGUGUAAAACAUUCCUUGCUAUUAGGCAUGUAGCGGUAACCGGGUAGGUUACUAGAGUUAAACCAACAAAAGUCUGCAGAGAUUUUGAAAGCACACGCAGUGCAGUAGGGUGGUCGCUUUUUUAUCAUCUGUCACCAUGCCUGUUACGUUCUUACAAGUAUGAAAGUGCGAUAGUGACGCAUGACAUGACAGGUGACAAAAAUGCGACCAUGAUAUCCGUACUGGUGUUAUUUUAAACGUCAUACUUCUAUGGAACAGAAGUGUGGUGGUGCUCUUCUUCAAAAAAGGUGAUAACACCUUGCUGAAGAAUUAUAGACCCAUCUCACUUCUGAGCCAUGUUUACAAGCUGUUUUCGAGAGUCAUCACGAACCGUCUCGCACGCAGGUUUGACGACUUCCAGCCUCCCGAACAAGCAGGUUUCCGUAAAGGCUAUAGUACCGUAGACCACAUACAUGCGUUGCGGCAGGUUAUACAGAAGACUGAGGAGUAUAACCUCCCCCUUUGCCUUGCAUUUGUGGACUACGAGAAAGCCUUCGAUUCGAUCGAGACUUGGGCUGUGCUGCAGUCUCUCCAAAGGUGCCAAAUUGACUACCGGUAUAUCGAAGUGCUGAAGUGUUUGUACGAAAACGCCACCAUGUCCGUCCGACUACAGGGCCAGAGCUCGAAGCCUAUUCCAUUGCAGCGGGGAGUCAGACAAGGAGAUGUAAUUUCCCCAAAGCUGUUCACCGCUGCAUUGGAGGAUGCCAGGUUGGGCAGCGUUCGGGAAGCUCCACAGUAUCUUUUCGUCCAAAUUGCCGCAGUGUCUUAAGUCAAAAGUCUUUGACCAGUGUGUGUUGCCAGUGAUGACAUACGGAUCUGAGACGUGGGCGCUAACAAUGGGCCUCAUAAGAAGGCUCAAGGUCACGCAAAGGGCAAUGGAGAGAGCUAUGCUCGGGGUUUCUCUGCGUGAUAGAGUCAGAAAUGAUGAUAUCCGCAGUAGAACUAGGGUCACCGACAUAGCUCGCAGAAUUGCAAACCUUAAGUGGCAGUGGGCGGGGCACAUUGCUCGCAGAACUGAUGGCCGGUGGGGCCGGAAGGUUCUGGAGUGGCGUCCGCGUACCGCAAGACGAACUGCCGGUAGGCCUCCAACGAGGUGGAGCGACGACCGGGUGAAGGUCGCGGGAAUUCGGUGGAUGCGAGCGGCACAGGAUCGGUCGGAGUGGCGAGCCUUGGAGGAGGCCUAUGUCCAGCAGUGGACGUCUAUCGGCUGACAUGAUGACUUCUAUGAAAUUAUGACGUAUAAAUAACACUGGCACUGCGUGUGCUGUCAAAAUCUCUGCAGACUUUUCUUGGUCUAACUCUACAGGUACCAAUAAAAUAAAAAAGUGUGUGUAUGUCAGCUCCGACGGACGACUUGAGUUUACUCCUUUCGAACGAUUACAAAAUAAAUUAUAAAAUUGUGGCAUUCCAUCAGAGAUGGGUGCUUUGCUUCAUGUGAAAAAAGAACCAUUCUAUUGAAUUUCUGUUAAAAUUUCAGACGAAAAACUCCGCAAAUUGACAGUUGUUAUUUAUUGAUAUUGAAUCAAUAGUGUUUCCAUGCAGCCGUUGCUACGUGAUGCUCAAGAUAAGUUGCGCACGAAAUAUAACGUAACGCGUAACGUAAUAUAACGUUUGAUUUUACUCCCCAUAAGAUUUAUGAAAAUCUAUUCUUAAGGAGUAAACUCCAUAAAUGUACCAUCAAUGACACAGUUAACUAUUUGGGAAUCUUAUUUCAACGCAUUACAGCCUACAUAUGGUCAGUUGUGUUGCUGUUAAUAUCAUUAUGAUACGCUUCGAUUCACUUUUUAACUAUGAAUUAUAAAACUCUAAUCGUUAUUUUAUUACUGUGGCUUAUAUUUUCUUAAAAAAUAGUUAAUAAAUAACAUAAAAUGAAAUAAACACAGUUCACACGAUUAUUGACCAAAAAAAUGGAAAUAGUUUUGUAGCCCCGAUUUAGUCCUGAUUCCAAUAGGAUAUCGGUUGUAAAUAAUAUAUUAUAUAUGCUCGUAUGAUUUAUAAAUUCAUACUUAAAUGUUAUUUAUAUAAUAAGCGAUGUUUAAAUCUCUAGUUAUAGCCCUGCGACUCAGCUAGCGAAAACAAUUAUAGUUAUUAUUUUAAAAGAGCUGAUUUUUUUAAAGACGUAUUAUCAGGGGGGUGUCACUUCGCAGUUUAGGUACAUUUGACCGGUGCGCCUCCCGGGCAGGCGUAUGGCAAUGGGCUGCCGCUCGACUCGCGCAAAAUUGAAAAUACAUAAUGCCUUCGAAACCUAAAUCUAUAGAUAUUGUUCUGUUUACGAAUGUCUGAAUAAGCGGAAGAACAAGGAAGCAGAAAUUACAUUUUUUUAAAUUCCGGACUAUAUUGACCGAUAUAUUUUCAAAGGAAUAAGUACUUCUGUGGCAUACCUACUUCCGUGAGAACCAGACAUACUAUCUCCGGAUAAAAAAUCAUGUUUACAGAAUCAACGUCUGUAAUUCCUACAUAUUUAUCUUAAAAAUAAUAGAUCAGUAGGUAUAGGUACAAAAACUUGUGGCGUGACAACCCCGUGCCGACACUCACAGCUCGGUCAUAAAACUGCGGCGCGCAAAGAUGAUUCACGGUUCGUGCGCGGUUAUAAGUUUCAAUUUUGCUUGCAGGCGGCGAGUAAAGGUAUAAUUUUAUACCUAAAUCUGACUUUUGUUAAGGAGUGAAUUUUCUGUACGGUAGUACUAUUAGUUAUUCUGUGGUAUUAUGGUGAUAAUUCCGAAUGUAUUCUUUUUAGGAAUAAUCCCAAUACACCUUACAAUAGAUCGUAUUAAUUAAUGACAAUUUAUAACAAGUUACACCCAACUGAAAUAAAAUAGCUGACACUGACCUCCUUAGCCCUAGUCAUGCAAGCAAACAAUUCCAAUUUGCCGUGAAACUGGAAGCUAUAGUGUAGGAAAUAGUGUUGAUUUCAUUUUGUAAAUAGACCGAGAUGCAACUCUAUUCCGAUUAAAACAUUGAUUAAAACUUCAUCGAACUUAAUAACCCAGGUAGCAGUGACGUCAGCGACGUCAUUAUGACGUAAUAUUGACGUUAUAAAGACGUCGCUGACGUCAUAAUGACGUAUAAAUGCUACCUGGGAAGUACUAGGUAGAACCGUGAGCGUUACGAGGCUAAGAUCAGUUUAUACACAUUACGCAUAGUCAUUAUCUCAUUAUGUAAUUUCUACGCAACACUAAAUAGAAAUAAUCGGAUAUUUGACUCCGUUUUAAGAACAGUGAUAUUAUCUCUAGUAAUACAUUGAAUUUUUUAACGCGCUAGCUAGAGGGUAGUCGCAAUAUAUUACCAUCACCAACAUCUGCCAUCUAAAACGAAUAUAAACACAUAAAAUCAUAUGUUUAUUAUUUUGUGAUUUACUCAUUUUGGUACCUAAGGUACCUCACUAUUUUGUACAGUGAGGUGCAAAAUUGCAUGGAGAAAUUAUGAAUGAUAUCAUUGAUAAAAUCGGAGGAGCGGUACUUCCUUAUACAGGUACUUAAUAGGAAGUCCCAACCUACUACCUUGUAAUGUAACGUUUUAUUAAGUUAAUAAAAUAUUUUCAUUUUCAUUUUUUCAUUUUCAUAAAGUCGCCAUGCACUUUUGCGGCUGAUGGUACAUUAUUUUACUUUGGUGGGCGCCACUGUGGCGCACUCAGCAAAGAAGCUACUAUUGUUAUUGCUAUUACUUUGUCAUUGUUAUGAUAGUUCUUCGCUCAUGUAUUGUUUGUAUUAUUUAAAAUGAAUAGUAAAAAUUCGCACGAAAUGUAACUGAACAAAUGUAUGGUCAAAAUUGUAAAUAUGUACUUAUUUACCUAUCUAUUUCUAUUUUUAAUGUUCACUUUAACUACUUGUUAUUUUAGUGCUUCAAAGUUAGCUAGAAAUAUAGUUUUGAGUAUAUAUGGAAAAAUAUUUUUAAUUUUAUUUUUUCAACUUAUAAUAAAAUGUCUAGUACUGUACCUACACAGAUGAUUGUAUUUUGUGAUUACCGCUCAUCCAUAUGAAAAAAAAAAUGAAUUUUUGGUAUUGUGAAAUACGAAAAAGACCUAACCUAGUUUAAAUGAAAGUACUACUUACAGUUUUCUGUACUUUUGAUAUUUUUCGAAAAAAUCCCAAAUAUGUAGCAUGUGCUACGAAUAAUCUGAAACAUGUGAUGGUUAAUCUUAUUAUAGUUAUUUUUAUAUGAUUUAAAGAAUAUUUGUUUUAUUUUUAUUCGUUCGCUUGUAUUCAUUCUAUUAGUGAGUUCACGGUAUAAAUUGUUAUGUAGGUUUAAAUUUAAUGUACAGAUGAUUUAGGACAAAAAAAAUCGUAAUAUAAUAUAAAUGAAAUUUGUGUUAAUUCAUUGCAAUUUGCAAUUAAAAUACCUAAGAUGGAAGCUUUCGUCCAGUCUUAUCUUACCUUUAUCAUGAAAAAAAAAACCACGACGGUGAUUUUCCCACUGAUGUCAUAAUGACAUUGAAAGGUUUUUGUCCUGACAUCUUAAUGCGGUCACCAUACAUGUAUACAAACAAAUUAUAGACACAAACAAAUUAUAAUUGUUGAUUUCAUUUAUUAGGUAUUUAAUCGUAUCGUUAUUUGUGCUCAAAUAAGAACCUGUUGUAAAUUACCUGUAUGUGAAGUUCACGUCACAAAAUCGUUUGGUCAAAGAUCUGUACAUUCCGUAUUUUGAUUGGAAAAAUAUGUAAAAAUGUGUACUUAUAUUUCUUCGUGCUCGACUAAAUAUUUAAUUGUAUAAAAAAUUCAGUGCCCAUUAGUAAAGGCACCUACAAAUUUAAUAUCUUGCACAACAACGAAGCGCCUAAAUAUAUUUUGUACGAUAUUUUCGCGGUAUUCAUUUUGCAAGAUAUCGGGUAAACAAAAAAAAACGAACCACAUUUUUUUACACUUCCACUUAAUUUUACUAAAGAAUAUUUUCACGUUUAGCAUUAAUCUAAUAAUCUAAUGUUUCUGUAUUUAAUCUUUCGACUUUGACGUAUAGAAAAAGUUAUUCAAAGUAAAGAAAGGACGCUCAGCGCGAGACAUU